UGUAUGAAGCAAUUGGCACUAUCAAUAAUCGUGGUUCCUACAAGCAUAAAACAAAGGACUUCUACGUUUACUAUGUUCCUAUUGAACACUGGAUCUUGGCCGAUGCUCCCGAUGGGACUGACAAUGUCAACAUACUCGCCACAUCAGCUUCAGUUCAAAUAGAUGUAACUGCUAUCACCGGAUGGAGUUUUAAUGAUGGUUAUUCCAGCAGUAACGAAGAAGUUGCAUCCUUCCACUGCAAACCACCUACGCCUCCAUGUGACAAGCUUUACAUGACAGCAGAUGUAGAUCCAGAUCAGCUGCCCCCUCAGAUAGAGUGGUUUGGUAUCUACACUAUCACAAAUGAAACUUCAGAUGACCGUCCAGUAUACACACUGGACGAGCUUGGUACAGUUCAGCGUAAUGUGACGUUGUACCAUGUAACAACAACAUCGUCGAGUUACUGGUUCCUAAGUGAGUCGGUAGGUGAUACAGAGCCCUGGAUUAGGAUAUCAGAUGAUGCAUUCUACCCCGAGCUGAUUAAGCCAGACAGUUUACGUGAAGAGUUAAAUAGUUCUACCUGGGUCGAGAUACCUACAUUGAGAUUUCUCUGUUUUAAAGAACGAGAUCCAUGCAAGACCCUUUAUUUGGAUUCAGCGACUUAUAUGCCAAAGAGCAUAAUUAUAUCUGGGGCAAAUGUAUUUGGUGUAUGGAUAUUAGACGAAACUCAGACAUAUAACAACCGACCUGUAUACCACCAUGAGUUAUUUACCACACUGUAUCUAUUCAGAGUUCACCCUGUAGAAUGGAUGAUGAGUUUUGAAAACCCCGUAGGGGUUCCUGUUGACAGCCGGCCAACCAAUACACUUGCAUUGCUUACAGAUCAAAGCAUCUAUCCAGAAGAUAUAACAGCUCCGAUGCGCAUCAAUAUGGGCGGAAGUUAUAACGAAU